UUUUUUCAUUACAUAUAUAUAUAUAGUGAUAUAUAGCAAGCAUCAAGAAAACAUAUAAUUUGUGUAAUUUUGUACUUUUUUACUUCUAAUUUUCACAAAGAAAAAGUAUACCAACUUUGUAUGUUGUAAUACAUAAACAAAUUUUUAGGUUGCUUUAAAACGUUUGUAAUCGUGAAUAUUAAUUUUGUAAUAUUGAAAAUAGUAAAAAUAGAGGUUAACAAGCUUGUGGAUUGUUCCGGAAAUUUCUUAUUAGAUUUGAGAAAUAAUGUAUUAAACAAUUGUUUUUUGAAAAAUGUUGGGUUUAAUUUGCUCUGGACGUUUGGUCCAAACUAAUUUCGAACAAGUGUCUGAGACAAAAUUACUUUUUACCGUUCCGGAUGCUGACGAUAUUAAUCAUAUCGUCUUAUUUCUUGUAGGAACUAUUCCUUUUCCUGAUAAUAUGGCAGGAGCAGUUUACUUCAGUUGGCCGGAUCCAAAUGCUCCUCCGAAUUGGCAAUUUUUAGGAUAUAUUGCCAAUUCGAAGCCCUCGGCCAUUUUUAAAAUAUCUAAUUUAAAGAAAAAUGAUGAAUUUGAAAAUCAAAAUUUAAGUAUUUUUGGAAUGGGAAAAAUUUCUCACGUUGCACAAGUUGGUAUUUCAGUGGAACCAUUGGCAGCAGUUGAACAACAAGCAGCUGCACUUGCAGUUCAACAAACAAAUUCAUUUAUUGAAUUUGCUCAAAAAACAUUAACAAACUUUGUAAAUUAUGUCUCUAGCUUUUCAGUGACACAAAGUCAAAUGCUUCCAAAUUUAACUGAAAAUUAUGUUCCACUUUCAACAAUUCAAACGUGGUACGAAAGAUUUCAAAGACGAUUGGAACAAAAUCCAAAUUUUUGGAAAACAUAACUAAAUAUAAAACGGGCAAUUUAUUUACUGAGAUAUUCAGAAAACAAUUGCUAAUAUAAUAUAAUUAUAUUAACAAGUGAAUAAAAAUUCAGUAAUGUAAUUUAAAAAAAAAAAAAAGGAAUUUGAUUUCAAUUUACUGGCAUGAUAAUACUGUAAUACAGUGUAUUUAAAUAAUUUUUCAUAUUUUAUAUGUUUACUAGUUAAUAAAUAUGUUUUCAUUUAUAUAAAACAA